AACCCACUGUCCGAGCCUGCCAUCCACCUAGAACUCGGUAGUCACAGAAUACCCCAUCGCUAUCCUUACUGGCCGCGGGCGUAUAAAAUCGGAUUCCUAUCGUGUUCGGCGCCUUGCACGAGAACACCCUUAUUUCUAGAUGUCUCCUCGAGAGCCUACAAGACCUGAGGAUGCCCCAAGCGAUGCUAACACAGUGUCAAUCACUACUAAUCUCAGUUCUCUAGUUGCUGGAGGUCCCGUUCUCGCCGUGGAUUUAGAUGAUGUACUAUGCCAGACGAAUUCCGCAAUUUCCAAGUGGCACAAUGACAACUACGGCACACCAGACGAAAUAAACCUUUCUAAUUUCUACUAUUACUAUUACUGGAAAAACCCAUUCUGGGGAUCACCCAGUGUUACCCAUGGUAAAGUUCGCGAAUUCUAUCAAACAGGUUGGAUCGAGCACGUACCACUCGUAUCGGGGGCAAAGGAGGGUGUGGAAGCACUGCGUCGAAUGGGCUAUCGUCUCAUCAUUGUAACGGCGCGGAACAAGGAAGUCGAGCAUGCCAGCUGGAAGUGGGUCAAUCGCCACUUCGGGGACCUCUUUGAAUGCAUCAUAUGCACUGGGCAGUUUGCAAAUGCUCAGAAAGCCGUCUCAGAUGGUACUUACAAGCAUUUCGUUGCAAACAACGGACAUGCGGUGGCCACCAGACUCAGCAAGGCCCAGGUAUGCAUGGACAUCGGCGCAAAGCUGCUCAUCGAUGAUUCCGUCGAGAACGCCAUGGCAUGCAUGCGGCACACGGCCGAAUCUGGCGGUGGGGUUGCACCACCCCAUGUCCUGCUUUUCGGUUCGUACGAGUGGAACAAGCGGUUAUCUCAGCACUCGGAGGAGCAGGAUGACAUGGUGUACGCCAAGCGCAUUGAGGUGGAAGGUGACAACCGGUUUCUUGAGCGCGACGUUAUCCAUUGCGAGGAAGAGCUGAGGAAGGUUAACUCGCCCAAGGUCCGCGUGAAACGUGUACAAGACUGGAACGAGGUUGUUGCGCAUGUGGAGGCAGAGAGGGCCGCCGGAAGGUUGUGAGACCACUAGUUUCUGCAGGAUGCUUCCUUGCUUGUGUUAGAAGGUCACUUCCGCAUUCCGGCCUUGCCACCAUAUCGUCAUCAAACUUGAACAAGAACUUCAACUGUCCAAGUUAAUAUUCUUUCUUUUCAAAGCGGCACCUCCGUCGCACGCGCACCUUGGCACUUUCUGGGACAUUUACAGGAUAGAACUACUUACAGGUAGUUGGAAAGUGAUGUCAAGCCAGACUCUGUCGCACCAUCAAAUCAUCCAGGUGUAUACCCUCAUAUACUGUGGGCUGACGGUCCGUUUGACAGCCUGUCUGUUACAGUUCGGCCUUUCUAUAUCAGGCACGAUCCAAGUGGAAGGCAGGUAUUAGGCCGGCCGGAGGAGUGUACUGUUUUAGUAUCUGUCGGGGUGGUAGCUGCUUUAAAAGGCAGCAGUGACAUCAGGGUGACGUCUCUAGGCAGAAGUGAGAAGGGCA